AUGGCCACUGUUCAACACCUGGUGAUUGCCAACAGAAAGAGGAGGCCCAUUAUUUGCAGAAUCAAGGCAGACCUAAACAAAACUUUCAAGGAAAUUACCAAGGCUAUAGAGGUGGCUCAGAUUAACAUUCCUUUUCCUAAGGCAUUGGAGAAAAUACCAACACAUGAUAAAUUCAUGAAGGAUUUGCUUACAAAGAAGAGAAGAAUUAUGGAUGAUGAAACAGUGGAGCUAGAGUUAGUGGGAAAGGCACUUCUGGAUUUAGGUGCAAGUAUCAACCUAAUACCCUUGUCCAUGAUCAAGCAGAUAGAAGUUGAAAUCAGACCAACAAGGAAGGCUUUGCAGUUUGUUGACAAAAUUAUCAAGAAUCCUUAUGGCAUUGUUGAAGAUGUAUUGGUAAAAGUUGACAAAUUUGUCUUUCCAAUCAACUUUGUAGUGAUGGAUAUGGAAGGGGAUAGUGAAGUUCCAUUGAUUCUUGGCAAACCUUUCAUUAAGACUGCUAAAGUUAUGAUUGAUGUUGAUGAUGGAAAACUCAUUGUUGGGGUGCAAGAUGAUGAAGUGUAG